CUGGGAGAUUCUGAUAAUAAUGUCGUAGUGUGUUAGGUUGCUUUACUUAUGUAGUGAAAUGAUGUUUACCAGCUUUAUUUAGGACUUUACGGGACUCAAGGCAUAUUCCGUUGAUGGAAAAUUAUUUCCUUGUUUUUUUCGUACACCACCGACAAACAAUAGGGGUGAAGUACGCAACGAGUGAGACCGAUGUUGAACAACAAACGUAGCCUGUGUCAGCUGUUGAAACCUAUUAUGCAAUAUGGCAGUUAUGUACACACACUCCGUCUUCCUGCGGUUCCUGCUUAUAUUCGUCCUGCUAGAUGUCACCAGAGGGAUUGUGAGCUCUGUGAAGGGACGCUUCCGCGGGAAAGAUUUUCCAGAAGAAAGAAGAUUUAAUAAACGAGGCGCUACCAAUGGUACUAAGAGCCGUCAAUAUUGCAAAAAUGAAACCGACAUUUGCACAGAAUGGGAAGGCCAAACCAGAACUACCAUAGCUUUGCAUUGUAAUACGAGUAAACUAAUAUCGGUAGGGGAAGUAAACACAACGGUGAUCUGGGUAAAGAUGCACAAUGAAAGCUUCACUAUAUUGACAGCAGGAAUGCGAGUUAUAACAGAUGACAAACGGUUUCUUGUUUCAAAUAAUAAAGUGGAUCCUAAGGAGUGGAUUUUGUUUAUUAGACAUUCGAAACGGGAAGACGAGGGGCUGUAUAAGUGCCAAGUUUGCUCACAGUCAAAUUUUAGUAACAGCAUUUACGUGAACUUAAAGUUAAUAGAAGCGUGGGCAACGAUCUUAGGCGAUCCUGAGAGGAAAGCGGUGAAAGUGGGAUCGCCUUUACGCUUAAGCUGUGAACUGAAAGAUUCCAUCGAAGCCCCCAAGUACAUCUUUUGGUAUCACGAUGACAGGGUGAUCAAUUACGAUUUAAAUGACGGUGCAACAGUACGUGAAGGUCGUCAAGGAAGCGAACUGAUUUUUCCAAGGGCGCAGAGAAAUCAUACUGGCAACUACUCUUGUGUACCUUCGAACGCUAGAGAGGCUAGUGUCGAGGUGAAAAUACAAAACAAAACAUCAGAGCUGAAAAAUGAUGAAAAGAAUGGAGGCAAAAAGACGUAUUCGCAGGACCUUGUCAUCAAUAUGCUUGAGCUGGUCUCGAUCUUUCUCGUGUACCGAUGACACUACACUCCCUGACGUGACAACAAUCCAAAUGCACCACAUUCGACGCCGCCAAACACAAACAGAAUGCGAGAAGUGCUUGGAUGAAAUGGAGUUUUUUGUGUCCAUAAUUGUAUUUCAAUGUUUUUUGUUACUUCUUUCUAAUAUAACGUAACGUUAUGAUUACUGAUUUGUUAAAGAAUAUAGGGAAUUUUUAUGAAAGUCUAAUAUCAGUCUAGACAGUUUGUAACAGUUUUUGUAAUCCUUGGAUUAAAACACAACUAGCUUUACCCAAACACCAAUAUAAUGUUUUAUAGAAGUUGAAAAUGUUUUCACAAAAUAUUCGUUACAAGACAAGACUAUACAGGCGUAAACUCCCGUAAAGUAUGUUACAAACUUUGGGUGGUGAUAGUACAUAAAA